CCCUUCCACCAGAUUUCUGUAAUCCCAGCCCGGGAGACUGCCAGCAAUGGGAGAAACUCAAUGGGCAGAAACAAAGAGAAGAGCAAGGAAGUGGAGAAUUUCAGGUAUUGAAAAGGGAAAAGAGGAACGUGAAAAUGCUGGGCUGGUGUGAAGCAAUAGCCCGUCACCCUCCCAGAAUCCCGACAAGCACGCGGACGCCCGAGCUCUCCCGGGAUUUAGCAGACGCCUCUCAAACCUCCACGCUGAAUGAAAAAUCCCCAGGGCGAUCUGCAAGCCGAUCAAGUAACAUAUCAAAAGCAAGCAGUCCAACAACAGGAACAGCCCCCAGGAGCCAGUCGAGGUUAUCUGUCUGUCCAUCCACUCAGGACAUCUGCAGAUCUGCCAUCUUGCAUGCCAUGUCAGAAGAUGCCUUUGAGCACUGCACCCCUGUCGUGGUGCUGAGCCCUGCUAGGAAGGAGUCUGGUAAGAAGGCAGUGAAACAGAAGCCUAGGAGGAGGAGAAAGGCCUCUGAGAGAUACGAGCAUGCAGAAGAGCAAGCAAAGGGCAGAAGAGAUGAUUUUCACCUGCAGAUUUCCAGCCCCAGAUGGAGGGAACUUUGCCCAGAUUCCUCGGAGUCAUCUUCCACCGACGAGAGUCAUUGGAUUCAGGCAAAAAAGCGAGCGCAGGUUAAGUUCAGACUGUCACGGAGAAGGAGGAGUAACAAUAGGCCAUGUGGGAGCCUGGAGGGGCCUUCCACUAGUAGAAUCGAACUGGCCCACCUGGGAGCCAAAGGCGAAAACCAGCAAGAGGCGACGGAAUGCGAAAGCUGUGCUUUAAACGUCUGCCGAGGGAAGGUGGUAAGGUACCAAGAAUGCAGUCCUGCCGUGCCGCCGGGGGCAUCCCUAGAGGUGAAGAGACCUUUCAGGAGCCACCAGAGGAGCAAAAGCAGAUGCUGUCGUGGAGGAUCCCAGCCCCCGCAUACUCUCAGGCAAAACGAAGCAGCCAAGGAAAGGUGUUCCGAGACAGACUCGAGCGCCGAGAUACUGGCAGCCACAGAAGGGAGCAGGUUGGUGGAUGGCACACAGAGAAGUACCUCGCCUCGGGAGCUCCCUGCGGCCUGCAGCGAUGGGUCUGAUCAUUUAGAAGUGUGCAGGAUCUGUCACUGCGAAGGCGAUGACGAGAGCCCGCUCAUCACGCCCUGCCGCUGCACGGGGACCCUGCGCUUCGUCCACCAGUCCUGCCUGCACCAGUGGAUCAAGAGCUCGGACACGCGCUGCUGCGAGCUGUGCAAGUACGACUUCAUCAUGGAGACCAAGCUGAAGCCCCUGCGGAAGUGGGAAAAGCUACAGAUGAGCACAAGCGAGAGGAGGAAGAUCUUCUGCUCCGUCACCUUCCACGUCAUCGCCAUCACCUGCGUGGUCUGGUCCCUGUACGUGCUGAUAGACAGGACUGCCGAGGAGAUCAAGCAGGGCAACGACAACGGUGUCCUUGAGUGGCCGUUUUGGACAAAGCUGGUUGUGGUGGCCAUCGGCUUCACAGGAGGUCUGGUCUUCAUGUAUGUGCAGUGUAAAGUGUAUGUACAGUUGUGGCGCAGACUGAAAGCCUACAACCGUGUUAUCUUUGUGCAAAAUUGCCCAGACACUGCCAGUAAACUGGAGAAGAACCUCUCUUGUCAUGUGAGCACAGACGCUAAGGAUGCUGUGGUCAUGCCUGUGCCGCAAACAGGUACCAGUUCACUGCCAUCUGCAGAGGGCGCCCCUCCUGACCUUAUACCCGUCUGAGGACCUGAACCACAGAGAGGCAGCCUCCCCGCCCUCAGCCACCACCAAGAGAAGUGAUCCUGCACUGUUCCCCCUUAUCCAUCUCCUUUCCCUUCUUGGACGUGUUUUUCCUUACUUUGCUCAGAAGGGAAUGAGAAGAAAACAACAAGUGACCAGGAUUCCGUGGAGCAGAGCUUCAAGUGGGGUACCGAGAGGGGAAGUUUGCUAGAGGAAGAUCUAUUAAAACAAAACAGAACCCCUGGUACAAGGAAGGCUUUGAGAGCACGAGGAAGAACACAUGGACACGGGAUCCUCUUCAGAGUAGCAGGGAGAACGUUCAAGGACACAGACCUCAAUGGCAAUGUUCUUUGUAGGGUCUUGUAAUGUCGCUUAUCUCAACUGGAAGUGACAGACACAUUUGGUGUUUAAGCCUGUGAUUGUCUGCAUUAUCCCUAAGUCAGACUGGAUGAAAACUUGGAGGACAUGUGUUUUGACACAGUUUGACUUUUGAUUUUGGCACAGUUUGAUUUUUCUGGCUAUAGUGGAGUCCGUUCAAUUGACAAAUGCAUGUUUUAAAAAUGGAUGCAAUACACAUUUGAAGAUAAAAACAUGGGAAUUAUGUGAAAAUCACACACACACAAAUUUGGCUUUAAUCAGCUAUGUAAAAUAACCACAGGCAUUGAAAUCAGUAAUCAGGCCCUGUAGUGCAUGUGGUCAUGGUCCCUCUAAUACAGCGCUGACCAACAGAAAUAGAAUGAGCUACACGCUCAGGCCACAGUGUUAAUUUUAAAUUCCCUAGUAGCUCCAUUAGAAAAAAAAUAAGUUAAUUUUGAUAAGAUUUUAUUUAUCACUAUAUAUACAGUUUAUUUCACACCAUUAAUGUAAAAAAAUAGAUCACAUCUUUAUUUUUUAAAAAAACAGAGCCUUUAAAAUCCAGCAUGUAUUUCACAACCCACGCAAUGUGAAGUGUUUGCGAUAGCACAGCCCAGCAUCAACCUCUACUUCACCUGACAGUUGAACAUCUCGAAACAGAAACUUGAUUCGUUACUUCAAAGUUUCCUUUUAACGUUGCACUUUUACAAAGCACUAAAUUCAUCAAAUGAAAAUGCCCCGGUUUGAAUUAGAUGAGGUUAUCCUUUCUUGAAAGAAAGCAAAAACAAUUGUCUGUACAAACAGAUAAUUUAUUGCACUAGCUUCUGUUAAACAAUUACCAUAGGGAAAUAAAAAUUUAACAUUUUUUUUCAUUACAUAAAAGUGUGAGUUUUUUUUUUUUUUUUUAAGUCUAUAUGACCAGUCAACUCUACAGGUAGAUAGCUGUGACCAAGUAUCUCAACCCUACUUUCAAAUGUUGGCAGUAUUUCCCUUACUCAGAUAAGAAGCAAAAACAUUCAACUGAUUCUAUGGUCAGUAAUAAAUGGCUGUCAAGGUUUCAGUGGACUAUUGUGUUCUUCACAUGUUCAUAUAAACCUUGUGUGAUUGAUACUGCAGUGAGCAAAAUAAAUAAUUAUAAAAACAGUGGCCUGUCAAAAAAGGUUUUAUACUGCUGGGCUUGGUGAUAUACCCCUUUAAUUCCAGCACAUGGGAGGCAGAUGUAGGAGGAUCAACAUGAGUUCGAGGCCACCCUGAGACUACAUAGUGAAUUCCCGGUCAGCCUGGGCUAGAGUGAGACCCUACCUCAAAAAAAAUAAUGUGUUAUAUUGAAAAAAAAAGUGUUGUUUUUAUUAGCUGUCACAAUUAUUGCAGGAGGGCAGAGACAGCCGUAACAACCAAAGCAGGGCCUUCACGUUGCCCACGGUAUAUCUCAGCCACGCACUUUGUGAUGCUCGAUGUGCUUGCUCUCCAUAGACUACCCAAGGAAAAGGGGAGAAAACAGUCAUUUUCAACAAGAAGAAAGACAAUAUGCAUAUUAUAGUGAUUGACACUGAACCUACAUAGUCCCAGUCCUAGAAAUAAACAGUAAACUAUGUCAAUUGUGUGUGUGUGUGUGUGUGUGUGUCUGUGCGUGUGUGAGAUGUGUAUAUUCAUGUACAUAUGUGAGAGAAAUGUUAAGGAAUGUUAAUGUCAGUCAGGAAACAAAGUUUAAAACUGAACUUUCUUAAAACUUGCCGGAUCAUGGGGUAAAAGCAUAAGGAAAACAAAAAUGGAGAAAACUGAAUGGGACCAAAAAUGCAGCACAAAUAAGGACUUAAGUGGCAUUAAAAAAAUAACUGAACCUUAAAUUUUGUAUUAACAUUCCGCUUAGGGUUCCCUUACAAAGAUUUAAAGGGCACAGGUAACAACACAGCUUUGGGUGAUCUCACCAUGGCAACACAUGGGGGAUUAACCUCUGCCUCAACUUUCCUAAGCUUUGUACUAAUCCAUUUUCCCUGUGGCUUAGCAAUAGCAAUUUGUGUCUACAAACAUUUUUGGGAGGGAAACUUCUAGUCAAUGCAAAGUAAUAUUGACUUGUAUUCCUUUGCUCUGGAAGGAAAUGGAUUAUUUAGAUUAAUUGCCAUGGACAAUAUUGUUCUUAAAGCAAGUUAGACAAGUUCAUCUUAUGGUGGGAGAUAAUAAGCUAAAAACUCAUUUAUCCAAAGGUCUACUUCUUUUUUUUUUUUUUUUCCUAAAGGAAAAAUAAAAAUAUGCUUUGCUACAUUGGUGACAAAAGAUAAAAUAGUGUUUUAAAGCUACACAUAAAUUUUGAAAAUUAACUUUUAUGGACUUUGUCUUUAUUCAAAUGAAAAUAUAGUAGUGUUCCUACCAGCUCAAAUGUUGACACUUAAGUAUGUUGUUCUCUGAUCUUUUAACCCCUAAAGCAAACUUCAUUUUUAAAAUUCCAUUAUAGAAAAGUUCUCAUUAUUCCAUUUAAAAGCUGUCCUGCAAUGGAUGAUUACAGUCCAAACAAUUUGAAGUAACAUGCAUUUAACAUCCAGUGUAGGUACCAGGUGCAGUGAUGCACAGCUGUGAUUCCAUCACUUAGUGGAGCACAGGAGAAAAAGGAGUUCAAGUCCAUCCUCUGCUACAGAGUGAUUCAAGUUGGAGACUAGCCUUGAUUGCCUGAGACACUGUCUCACAAAAGAAAAGGGGGAGAAAAAGCAAAUAAAUAGAAAAAUAAAUAAACCCUAACGUUGACGGUAUUUUACAUUCCAUGGAGUAGUGGUACAUUUGUCCUUCUAAGCAAUGAGAAAGAUUGGUGUGGGAGCAACGCUUUUGGGUAUACCAAUUUACUUCUUAGACAGAAAAACUGGUUUAUAUAAUGUCAGUACCUUGAGGCAUGUUUAGUGGUCAUGAAAAAAAAAAAAGAAAUUGAAACAAAAUAUUGAAUUGAAUAUAUAUAUUUUUUAAAAAACUAGAUUUCUAUAAUCAGAUGUGAAGCUGUUAUUACCAGCACCACAAACCACAGACAAUGCAGCUGUUAACUUGUACUAAGAACUGACAUUUCCAUUAUAAACAAUCACCAGUUUUAUUGAGAGGGAAUCAAAUUGAAGUUUAAAAAAAAAUGAAGCCUAAAAGACAGUUAAACUUAAAAGUACAAAUAACAAUAACAAAACCCCACAAAAGUGUGGAAAAAAAAAAAAAAACAAAACAAAACAAGAAACCUAUGAUCCCAUCAAGACUUUCUCAAAAGGUCCCAGCAUUGAAUCUCUCCAAGCUGCUCUUAGAGCUAGUCAUCAGCGUUCGGGUUUUUGUUCUUUGUAUUCUCUGACUGGAAAAAAAAAAUAGCUUAUUAGCACAAUGACAUCAGUAAGGGAAUUGCAAUGGUCACGGGUGAGGUGAGGCAGUUAUUUAUUCCAUCUGUCAGAUAUAACUUAUCUUGCCUUGCCGAUGAAUAUUUUGAAACAAAGAAGACUUAAAACUUAUGAUUUUACUUGAUAUAAGAUUCUGCAAGGAUUAUGCUUUCAUUAAGAAAAAAAUGAAAAGCUUUUAUUCCUUAAACAGCUCAAUGGUGCUAUUUUACAUAUCAAUACAGCAGGAAGGAAGCGCUGAUGUUGCGGGCGCAGUGUUUCCUCCACACCUGAAGAAAGCCCAUGUUGAAUUUAGGUAUUACUUUGAAAUAAAGGAGGAAAAAUGAUUUUAACUGUGUGAUUCUUUUGAGAUUGGACAUUUGUACUUUUUUGUGUUUGUUUUACUUAAUUCUUCUUCAUUAACAACGUACUGUUUGUGAAUAACGUGUGCUUAAGACAAACUAAGGAAAAUGAUAACCUGUGAAAGACUUUGUAUAUUAAACAAAUGCUCCAAUU